CCUUUCUGGUUUCCAUGACGCUCUGAAGGAUAGGUUGUCUCUCUACCCUUUUAGUUCCUUGCUUCGUCUCUACUCCUAAACCUGCUUAACUUUCCCUCUUUUGUAGUCUCCUGGUGAAGCUUUCCUGGAGUUAGUACAUCAUCAUAUGUUUCUGUCUGGCGUUAAGCCUUUCCAGCUUUUCUCUUGCAUUUCUUGAAGCAGUUUCAGUACUGGAGUCUUCAGAGAGGCACUUUCUUCACCGGAGACAGCAAUGCCGGCGGCAACUAGCGACGCUGCAGGACCAAGCUCCAGCCCAGAUGGCUUGGCAGCCACCAUGAAGAAGCGCAACAGGCCUCAGUGUAAACUUAUCAUCAAUUUAGUCAGCAAGAGCUUCCAGCAUGCAAGCCUAUACUGACGCCCCAGAUGGUUAUUCCUGUGCUUGUGUUUGUGGGCAUAACUUCCAUUCCUAUUGGCCUUGCUUGUAUCGCAGCGUCAACUAAGACGAUGUAUUGGAAACACAGGUAUGUGAAGAGCCGUAGCGAUGCGCAGCUGAGAAAUCCUAAGAAGGUCAGGGACACACGAACUUGCAAACCUGAAGCUACUGCAGAUGGAAGCCCCAUUGUCCCCUGCGGGCUCGUAGCUUUGAGCCUGUUCAAUGACACAUACAGCUUCACCCGUGGCGACGAGACGCUGACGGUGAGCAAGCAAGGUAUUUCAUGGAGGAGCGAAAGGGAGCACAUAUUUGGUAAGCGUGUGUAUCCAAGGAACUUUCAGAAUGUGACUCUGAUUGGUGGCGGUAAGCUUGAUCCAAGCAAACCUCUGAGUAAGCAGGAGGAUCUGAUGGUCUGGAUGCGCGCAGCUGCGCUCCCGGCCUUCCGAAAGCUGUACGGAAGGAUUGAGGCUGACGAGUUGAUAACAGUGACGAUGCGCAACAACUACAACACGUACAGCUUCGGCGGGAAGAAGACGCUGGUUCUGUCCACCGCCGGCGUGCUGGGAGGCAAGAACAGCUUCAUCGGGUUUUCUUCGACGCGAAAUUCAAAUUCGAGUUUUCUUCGACGCGAAAUUGAGUGCCUAUUUUUUUAAAAAUGACGGUUUGCAUCCUACGUGUCCUAACAUCUUGUUGAUGCAGAAAGCUGAAAGUUGAACUUCCAUUAUCUGAAAAAAUGGAAAGAAGGAAAUGGUGCCGUCUCAAUGUACUGAACACGGUGUCGUUUUGCUUGCAGGAAAGAACAGAAUCUCAUGUUGCGGUCCCGACUUGCACGAUGAUCAUGCUUCGAGUCGUGUAUGUAUACAACCACCAGAUUCGCUUCCUAACCUGGGUGGUGAUUGCUCUUUUGAACUUUUUAGAUUGAUGAUUGUUUGUAGCAACAUAUUUCAGUAAUAUACAUGCGUGUGGUUUGCAAGUGAA